UUCAUUUCUACCAUCUUUCCCCAGCCCAUUUGGACAGACAUUGCCAUAAAUAUUUGCAAGUUGCUCUCAUAUUCGCUUUAAGAUUCAUUUUCAUAGCAUUUGUUCAAAGAAAAGGAUUGGAAAAUAGGAUAUCACGAUGGGAAAACUUGGUGAGAUUUUAGCACACCCAUGCGAAUUAAUUUCGAUGAUUCAUUUGAAGGCAUUCAGGAAAAAUGUACCAAUUGAUCUAUCCAAGGAGUCUAAGGAGACCAAGCUAUGCUAUGACUUAUUGAAGAAGACCUCGAGGUCUUUUGCAUUGGUUGUUAUCGAGCUACAUCCUGAAUUAAGAGAUGCAGUUAUGCUAUUCUACCUCAUCUUAAGGGCAUUAGAUACCGUUGAAGACGAUAUGACCAUUGAACCUAAGAUAAAGAUUCCGUUAUUAAAGAGCUUUAGUGAAAAGUUGGAACUAACAGAUUGGACAUUUGAUGGGAAUUCUAUUAAGGAAAAAGAUCGCAUUGUGUUAAUUAACUUUGACUCAAUUUUAAAAGUUUUUCAUUCAAAUAUUAAAAGGAAGUAUCAAGAUGUCAUCAAAAGAAUCACGUACAAGAUGGGGAAUGGAAUGGCAAGGUAUAUUUUAGAUGAAGAAUUCAAUUUAAAUGGAGUUAAAACGGUUAAAGAUUAUGAUUUAUAUUGUCAUUAUGUUGCAGGGUUAGUUGGUGAGGGAUUGACCAAUUUAUUUGUAUUAGCGAAAUUUUCAAAUCCGUUGUUAAAUGAUAAAAUGGAUUUGGCUGAAUCAAUGGGCUUGUUUUUACAAAAGACCAAUAUUAUAAGAGAUUUAGAAGAGGAUCUAAGAGAUGGUAGGUCAUUCUAUCCCAAGGAAAUUUGGUCCAAAUAUUGUGAUAAGUUACCAGAUUUAUUACUUGAAAAAAAUGUGGACAAAUUAUUAAAUUGUACUUCAGAUUUGAUUUUAAAUGCAUUAGGGCAUGUUAUUGACGUAUUGGAUUUUCUCUCGUUGAUUAAUGAACAAAACUGCUUUAAUUUCUGCGCAAUUCCGCAAGUGAUGGCAAUUGCAACCUUGGAUUUACUUUAUCAAAAUAAAGAAUUGCAAAAAAAAACUGUUAAAAUUAGAAGAGGAACCACUUGUUAUUUAAUUUUGAAAUCUCGAACAUUAAAGGGAGUAACUGAAAUUUUCAGCGGAUAUAUCAAAUCAAUUCAUCACAAAUCCAAGCCGGAUGAUCCAAAUUACCUUAAAAUUGGAAUUUUAUGCGGUAAGAUAGAACAAUUUAUUGAGUCGAUGUACCCAUUCAAGAAUUUACCAAAAGAGUUGAGUGAGAUCAAUUACAAACCCACUGAAACAGCGAUCUUCAGACAAGUGCAAGAUAGAGAUCCGUUGGAUGUCAAAAUGUUUAAAAUCAUUGAGCAAGAGGAGGCCAGCUUGAAAUUGAGUUUGCUUGGAGUUGGCUUUUCGUUUUUAAUUAUUGGAUAUUUGAUUUUUGGUGACAUCGAUGUUUGCAAUACGUUUUCCAGCACAGUUUCCAGCACAGUCUCAAAGAUAAUUCACCAAGAGCUAUAGAUCUGGAGUAACAUCGCUUCGCACACUCUGGUUGCCUGGUGACUGUGCGCGUAACUUGCCUAUCCUGGCUUCCAUUUGUACUCAAUAACACUAUUCUUCUACACACUGCUGUAGUUAUGUAGGCCACCUUCAAAGCACCUUCAAAGCACUUGUACAACAGCUGGAGCACUGCUAAAGCACCAUGAAAACACCUCCAAAGCACCAAAAUGGAGCUCUCCAGAAAAAG